AUGUGCGACAACGGGGAGGUGGAAGACAAGCCGCCAGCCCCGCCCAUGAGGAACACCAGCACCUUGAUUGGCUCAUGCAGCAAAGACCCCGCCCCUGUCAAUCAUGGCUCCAAACCCUUACCCCCCAACCCGGAGGAUAAGAAGAAAAAAGACCGAUCUAUUCGCUUCAUUCUGACAGGAGGCGGCGACAAAACGUACAAAAAGAAAGAGCGUCCCGAGAUUUCUCUGCCGUCAGAUUUUGAACACACCAUCCAUGUCGGAUUUGACGCCGUCACCGGGGAGUUCACCGGGAUGCCCGAGCAAUGGGCCCGCCUCCUGCAGACAUCCAACAUCACCAAACUGGAGCAGAAGAAGAAUCCUCAGGCCGUGCUGGACGUUCUUAAAUUCUACGACUCCAAGGAGACCAGCAACAGUCAAAAAUACAUGAGCUUCACAGACAAAACUGCAGACGCUUUCGCAUCGUCCACCACAGCGAUCUCCAAGAGCGUCUCUGAGACGCCCGCCAUUGCCACUGUGUCUGAAGAUGAAGACGAAGACGAAGCCGAGCCGCCGCCUGUCAUUGCCCCGCGACCGGAACACACCAAGUCGAUCUACACCCGCUCAGUGAUCGAACCCCUUCCGCCCCCUCUCACCAAAGACGCGGCCACCUCCCCCAUCGUGGCGCCCACCUCCACCACGGCGACCACCACCUCCUCGUCAUCCUCCUCGGCCUCCGCGGCUGCCGUCACCCCGCCAGGCGUCUCCGCCGCGGAAGGCGCCAACCCAGCCGCCGGGGCCUCCCUGCCCCGCCCUCAGGACAAAGGACGCAAGAAGAAGAUGUCUGAUGAGGAGAUCCUGGAGAAGCUCAAUGUGCUCAGGCCGCCCUCUGCUGGGACCAUUGUAAGCGUUGGUGACCCCAAGAAGAAAUAUACUCGGUUUGAGAAAAUCGGACAAGGUGCGUCCGGGACUGUUUACACGGCCAUCGAUGUUGCCACUGGACAAGAGGUGGCCAUCAAGCAGAUGAACUUGCAGCAGCAACCCAAGAAAGAACUCAUCAUCAACGAGAUCCUAGUUAUGAGGGAAAACAAAAACCCCAACAUUGUCAACUACCUGGACAGUUACCUGGUGGGCGACGAGCUCUGGGUGGUGAUGGAGUACUUGGCCGGCGGCUCUUUGACUGACGUCGUCACAGAAACCUGCAUGGACGAAGCACAGAUAGCGGCCGUUUGCCGAGAGUGUCUGCAAGCGCUGGAGUUUCUGCACUCCAACCAAGUCAUCCACAGAGACAUCAAAAGUGACAACAUCCUGCUUGGCAUGGACGGCUCCGUUAAGCUCACCGACUUUGGCUUCUGUGCUCAAAUCACUCCGGAGCAGAGCAAACGCAGCACCAUGGUGGGCACGCCCUACUGGAUGGCUCCUGAGGUGGUGACCCGCAAAGCUUACGGCCCCAAAGUGGACAUCUGGUCCUUAGGCAUCAUGGCUAUAGAGAUGGUGGAGGGCGAGCCGCCCUACCUCAACGAAAACCCUCUCAGGGCACUCUAUUUGAUCGCCACCAACGGGACGCCAGAAUUGCAGAACCCUGAGAAACUGUCGUCCACCUUCAGGGACUUCCUUAACCAAUGUCUAGAGAUGGAUGUGGAAAAGAGAGGCUCUGCUAAGGAACUGUUGCAGCACCAAUUCCUGAAGAUGGCCAAACCACUCUCCAGCCUCACGCCACUCAUCAUAGCUGCUAAGGAGGCCGCCAAAAACAACCGUUAG